AUGUACUCGACGCCUUCGAAACGUGCAGCUUCGGGAUCUCCGGAGAAUGGAAGGCCAAAUAAACGGCACGAACCGUCCUCGCCAGAGGAAGGAGAAGUAGACGAUUCUCCGCCACCUCCGCCACGACAGGCGUCCCCACCUCCAAAACCCAAAGUCCCAUUCCCCUUCAAGCGGAAGGCGCCUGCACGGGAGGAUCCAGAACCAUAUUCUAAUGCAGACAGAUACGAACGGGGUCGGGAGGAUGACCGGUACAGGUACGAGGACCGCCGAUGGACAGUAGCCGAGCCCAUGCGGCACGAAACUCGUGCAGCUCCUUCUCGCGGUGCAGACCGCUGGGAGCCUCCUGCAGGGAGGUACAAUAGCUGGGCAGGAAGGGACCACUAUGGUACCCAAUAUCAUGACCGCGAGCGGGACAGGUCGCGAGAACGGGACCAUGGACGAGACCGUGAACGGGAACGAGAACAGGAACGCGCGCGAUCCACCUCCACCCCGCGGUCACCCUCACCGGCGUCUGCAAGGAAGCAAACACAUCGUUUGCCUACGCGGCGAGAAGCCGACACUUCGAACGCCCUUGCCGGAUACUACCGCGACAGAGGUAGCAGCUUUGGUGCACGCAGCCGAAGCCGCAGUAGGAGCCGAAGCCGCAGUAGGGAAAGGCGGAAGCUGGCCAGGGACGACGACUACGACCGGAGAGACCGGAGGCACGAUGGAUAUGACCGCGAUGACUACAAACGGAAAGAGCAGAACCACAGUCUUGCGUCGCCUGGUGGGUAUAGACCUGUGUCGCCCCCUGCAGCGGGCCCGUCGCGACCUCGUUCACCACACACGCCGCCACGUUCACCUCACGCAUCGCAAUCUCGGCCCACGUACCACCAGGAUUACCAACCCACCACGACAGAGGCCACGAGAAAGGAUGCGACGUUCCCCAGCACUCACACUGCGGUCAAGUUUACAUUGCAUGCUGUGAACAAGGGUCUGACACCUCUGCACGUGCUGUCACCUCCGCCCCUCGAAGUUGCCGCAAGAACGGACGUUGUGCGGAAGCCGAAGUCGCCUGAGCCCAAGGUAGAGGAGGGGCAAGUGGAGGAGAAGAAGCCCAUACCGCCUCCACCAGUGCAACAUAGAACGAAGCGGAAGCCGGUAGUGCGCUCGCGCGAAGAGGAAGCAGCUGUCUAUGGCCGAAUAUUCGUCGGAUGUGGUCGGCAGGAUGACUAUAACGUUCUCACCAAGCUUGGUGAAGGAACGUUCGGUGAGGUGCACAAGGCCGUGCAUCGUGAAAAGGGCAACUGUGUUGCACUCAAGCGAAUCCUCAUGCACAAUGAGAAGGAGGGCAUGCCUGUCACGGCGUUGCGCGAGAUCAAGAUUUUGAAAUCGCUCCACCACCAGAAUAUUAUUGACAUCCAGGACAUGUUCCUCGUCAAGAGCAAUGGCAAGGAGCCGCUCUCUGUCUACAUGGUUUUCCCAUACAUGGACCAUGAUCUCGCGGGUCUCCUCGAGAACGAGCGUGUCAAGUUCACACCCAGCCAGAUCAAGCUGUACAUGAAGCAGCUGAUCGAGGGCACGGAAUACAUGCACCGGAACCACAUCCUGCACCGUGACAUGAAGGCGGCGAACCUGCUCAUCUCGAACGACGGCUGCCUGAAGAUCGCAGAUUUCGGUCUCGCGCGCGCAUUCGACCCGCGGAUUACACAGGUCAAGGAGGAUGUGCGCGGGAAGGAGCGCAAGUACACGAACUGCGUCGUGACGCGGUGGUACCGUCCGCCGGAGCUCCUGCUUGGUGUGCGCCAGUACGGCGGAGAGGUUGAUAUGUGGGGCAUCGGGUGUGUGCUGGGUGAAAUGUUUUGGAGAAGGCCCAUUCUUCCCGGCGGAUCGGACAUCGACCAGCUCGAGAAGAUAUGGCAGCUGUGUGGCACGCCGAACGACCAAACUUGGCCUGGCUGGGACUUAUUGCCUGGCUGUGAGGGUGUUCGAUCAUGGACCCACUAUACUCGGCGACUCAGGACGGUCUACGAACAGCUCGGUCCGGAGACGAUCGAUCUUAUGGACAAGCUCCUGACGUGCAACCCGAGGGAGCGUCUGACGGCGGAGCAAGCCCUGGACCACGAUUACUUCUGGACAGACCCUCUGCCUGCUGAUCCCAAAAGGCAAUUCUGCAUGCUUAUCUUCCGCUCGUUCAGCCUGCCCAAGUACGAAGCUUCGCAUGAAUUCGACAAGCGUGGCAGGCGGGAGGGUGCCGGCGCUCCAGGUGGCAUGGUCCCCUACAUGGGUGCCUUCAACAACCCACGACCGCUCCCACCACCCAUGGCUCAAGGCCCGCCUCAGCCAAUGCACCGGCGCCCGCCUCCGACCCGCGACCAGUUCCGUUUCGGUCCAACUAACCACGGCCUACCCCCACCCACCACUCAUGGUCUUCCCCAACCACCGUUUACUCACGCGCAGGUCUUCGGCCCGCCGCAGAGAUCCUACGCGCCUCAGCCCACCACGCUUCCCCCCAUCGUUCUCCGCCCGGGCCAACCGCCCCCGGGCAUUGGUCCGUGGCCGCCUGCUGGCCCAACCUCAAGCAUGAACAUGCCGCCGUACCCACCUCCAUCGUCUAUGGCCCCGAGGCGCGCCCAUCCCAAUCCAAUGCGACCCGACUACGGCGGGGGCGCCCCACUGAACUAUGGCUGA